CGUCCGUGACUCUGAAAUGUAUGACACACUUGUCGGUUGCGCUCGAGUUAAAGAGUCAAGUGCCCUGCUCUGCGGUUGUACGCCUUAUCAUGUGCAGCUCAUACUUUUCGUGACAUUUGCCAUUAUUCGUCAAUUCUUCUUGAUCUUACUCCAGGAAUGAUCACACGAAUACGCGCAUAAUAUCUCGAAAUCACAUCACAAUGGCAACCCGAGCUGAGCGGUAUAAACAGGCGCCGCAAACGGCGUCCGAGCGGCGAGCUGGUGAAUCGGCUCUCAGUGACUUCGCAGAUUACGUUCAGCAGCAACAGGCAUUACGGAGACCUCCCAUCACUGGGGCGGUAGCUGCAAUACCAAGCGCAAAUGAGCAUGCGGAGUUAGACAUUUUGGACACACUCGACCUCGGCGACGAUACACCGAAAGUCCGAGUAAAGGAUCUAUUACUGGACGAUGCCGAGACCAAGGAGCAGAGCAUUGAGCAAUUACAGAAGCUCCUAUCGACGCGGUUAGACGAGGGUCACGGCGAGUGUCUUUUCGACGUCGGACUUGAGGAUAAUGGCGACAGCCAGGCUCUCACCGAGCAAGAGUGGGAGGCCUCUGUUGCGCGGUUACAAGUCGUCUUCGAGCGAUUAAGGGCUGAUUGGAAGAUUCUGAUCACAAAGAAUGUCCAGGGCAGUGAGGUCGAUGUUGGCAAUGACCUCAAGAAAGAGCGCGGAUGUGUUGGAAAACUCAUGAUUCGGCGGCGGCCAGAGCACGUUGACGACACCAUCGAGACCCGCAUCGCUGUUGUUGGCAAUGUCGACGCUGGGAAGAGCACAUUGUUGGGGGUGUUGGUGAAGGGUGGCCUUGAUGACGGGCGCGGCAAGGCACGAGUCAACCUCUUCCGACACAAGCACGAGAUCGAGUCAGGCCGAACAUCUUCCGUGGGCAUGGAGAUCAUGGGUUUCGACACCAAGGGCGAAGUUGUCGUCUCAGGUGUUCCAGGCCGGAAGCUCAGCUGGGAGGAGAUCGGAAAGCGCAGCGCAAAAGUCAUCUCGUUCACUGAUCUUGCCGGGCACGAGCGCUAUUUACGGACUACGGUAUUCGGGCUGCUAUCGAGCGAGCCCAAUUACUGUCUCCUCAUGGUUGCGGCAAAUAACGGUCUCAUUGGAAUGUCCAAGGAGCAUCUCGGUAUCGCGCUUGCAUUGAAUGUCCCGGUCAUGGUCAUCAUCACCAAAAUCGACAUUUGUCCGCCACAAAUCUUGCAGCAGACCAUCACUCAGCUGACCAAGAUCCUCAAAUCCCCUGGCGCACGAAAGAUACCGAUUUUCAUCAAGAAUCGCGAGGAGUGCGUCAACACAGCUACACAAUUCGUGAGCCAGCGAAUAUGUCCCAUCUUCCAGGUGUCCAACGUUACCGGAGAGUGCCUCGACCUCGUCCGCGAGUUUCUCAACAUCCUACCACAUCACGGGAAAUACGACAUCGACGCCCCGUUCGAGUUUCAUGUUAACGACACUUUCUCGGUCCCGUUCGUCGGCACGGUAGUAUCUGGUGUGGUCAAGUCAGGGGUUGUUCAUGCAGGCGACACAGUCCUAGUAGGACCCGACAGUCUGGGACAAUUCACAACGACUACUAUUCGAUCAAUAGAGCGGAAGCGAAUAUCGGUCCCUGGGUGCUCAGCUGGACAGAGUGCGUCAUUCGCUUUACGUCGAAUACGGCGAAAGGAUGUUCGGAAGGGGAUGGUGGUCCUGCUCGCGAAAUCUGAGGUCAAUCCCAACAUCGUCGUCGCUCAGCCCAAGGUCUUUCGCGAGUUCGUCGCCGAGGUUUUGAUUCUGUCGCACGCAACCACUAUCCGGACCAAGUAUCAGGCGAUGCUCCAUGUCGGCCCGAUCUCCCAGACCUGUGCGAUCAUCGACAUCGACCGCGCGUACAUUCGAACUGGUGAUCGCGCGACUGUGGCAUUCCGCUUUGUACAACGACCCGAGUUUUUGGCUGUGGGAGACCGGAUAUUGUUCCGCGAGGGACGAACAAAAGGUCUUGGGAUUGUGAAGCAGGUCGGCUACGAUCCAACUCACCCUCUCAAUCCCGAGGCUGCAAAGGAGAAAGAGAAGGCGGAGGACGAGCGUCUGGCUGACACUGUUGCCGCGUCAGCAUGACCAGCAAGCAUUUUCGGCGAGUUCGAGUUUAUUCUAUGGCUUUUCAUGGUUUUUGGUAGCGUGUUGCGAUACUUGGAGAAUUUCCAUGACACCUUGGCAGCUAUGAUAAUGAUGAUGGUUUCUAUUGUCAGGAUCUCGCUCAAGGCAAAUUUGGUAGUAGGAGUCUUUUGUGUGUUUUAGCGAUAUCGAUUGUUGUCGGUAUAAUGAAGGUUGCAACUUGACAUACACAUGUGGUCAGAAAUAACAGAGGUGUGUUGCAAAAUGACACGCCGUAUUCAUCUAUCGAGCAAUCG